AAAUCUUUGCGACAAGAAAAACUGUUUGCGAACUUUCUUGCAACCUUUAACAAUGCUUUAGCAACCUUUUUAAGAAUUCACUCUGGCGAAGAGAAUUCACAAAAGGAAAAGGAAAUAGUCUCCAUGGAUUCGGAACAGUAAACAGUUAAGACGUACAAGCGUGUAAUUUUGUUUCUUUCUUUCUUUUCAGUGAUCAUGACUGUCUUGUCAUGGUCUGUCUUCUCCCUCCAAGCUACGCGGCCUCGGCCAUGCAGAAAUCACUCAAGAAUUUCGGCAGGUUGUUAAUCUUGUUCUUCUUCGGUGCAGUCUGCUUCCUUCAUGCAAUCUUGAAGAUUCUUGCAGAUCUCGGUGUAGUGUGUGUCAAACGGGCAGGGUGCAUGUGACAAUAAUUAACAAUCAUCCGAAAUAAUAUCAAGAUGGAUCAUGUUAAUGGCGAGAGUGGUUUUCAUCAUUAUGACGUAGGCAUCCCUGAUGACGUAUCACCAAACAACCAGCCUCAAAUCAAGCCUAACCUACCUUUUGAACGAGCAGCUGGUCUUGUUCGCAGACUCUACGAUUUCCAGGAUGUCGUUUGUUUAAAGGAGUUUAUCAGCUACUACAACCAAAACAUUUUGAUUGAGGCUCGACGACCGGACUGCGCACCCGGGAGCCCCCCGAAAAAGUUUGUGAUGAAGCUGACCAAUUCUGAAGAAUCCCAGCUUUUUGUGUUGCACCAACAACAGAAUGAAAUCCUGCUGAUGUUGAGGGACUGUGGCAUCCCAUGCUGCUCACCACUCAAGAAUGUGGCAGGCAAGGAUCUGAGCUCGGAGAAACUCUCUUUCAAACACAGAGAUACGGGAGAUACAAUGACAGGGCAGUUCAUAACCCGCAUCAUGAAGUAUAUCCCAGGGCAGUCCUUAGGGAACGCACCUCACGUUACCUCUAAGAUGUGCUAUAAAAGCGGGCAACUAUUAGGUCAACUGUCUUCCGCCUUGCAGAAUAAUACUAUCGACAAGAACGAGUCCAUUAAAAGGGCAAAGGAGUUAAUCUGGUGCCUCAGCAACGUCCCAAGAUUACGGGAGUACGUCUUCGUUCUACAGAACAGUGCUCAAAAGAAAGUAAUCAAAGAAAUAAUUGACGCCUUCGAGGAAAAGGUCCUAAAAACAGAGCACAAAUUGAGGAAAGGAAUGAUCCAUAGUGAUUUCAGCGACUACAACGUCCUAGUGCGGGAGACGUCGGAGGAACUCGAUGAUGACAAUGACAACGUCAGAGGCGACGUCGUCGGGAUAAUCGACUUCGAUCACAUGAUGUACUCGUGCAUCGUCUACGACAUCGCCAUCGCAAUCAUGUACCUGAUGCAGUGUACCAACCUCGAGCUGGACCCUGUGGAAUGCGGAGGAAUACUGCUAGCGGGGUUCCUUUCGAAGCGAGCUCUCUCGGAAGACGAAUGGCGCGUUCUGUACUACUGCGUGGCCGGACGCUUCGCUCAGUCCCUUGUUAUCGGGCUACACACCCACUCGCUGCAGCUGCAGAACGACUACAUUCUCAGUAGUCAACGAGUAGGCUGGCAGGUGAUCUUCGACUUCUGGGAACGAGAUGUCCAUGAUGUUUAUGCUCGGUGGAGAGAACUCAUUCAACAUUACAAUCAGGUCCCUAAAGAUCAACCUUUUGACACAUCGGUCCAAUAGAAAAAGGCGAAAAAAUAGGGCAAUGUGACACUACAUUCUUCAGUGGCGUAAAACAAAGUAAAUAAUUGUUGGUUUAAACAUAGUUUAGUAUACUGUACGUAUUGCACACGUAGGCGUAUGUGAAUGUUUCUUUCUGAAAGUAUUUUAUUUCAUUUCAUUUAUUAUGUCCGAGAAUAAUUGUUCAUAUUUACAUUUUACAAUCUUGCUAAGCAGUAAUUUCACAAGUACAACAUAAUAAUUGACAACCAUAAAUAGUUAAGUAAAUACAUGUGAAUUGUAUUUUUGUCUCACAAUUAACACAUACGUCAUGUUUGUUUUAAUUUUGUUCAACCUCGUUUCUGAUUUAGUCUCAAGGCCCUGUUUUAAUACUUUUCUCCUUCUUUUUUCUAACUAUAUAAACCAGUGGUUUAAACGAAUGCAUGUUCCAAAAACUUAUAUUUUUUUUCAUAGACGUGGCAAAGGGUUUUAUGGUUACGUUUGUCUUCGUUCGUGUUUUGUGUUUCGUUUCGUUUCUUUUUUGAUAAAAUUGUGAAGCAAUGCAAUUUUAAAGUCUAAAGAGUACUUUACCCCCCCCCCCCCCUCUUCUCAC